AUGCUUCAGAGUCCAUUUUUGCCACCUGUGAGGAAGCGCCGUCGACCUGAGAUGACCCCAGCUCGGGUCCAACAUGAGGUCAGAUUUGAGGGGGUGACCCUGUACCUGGUGGAAAGGAGGAUGGGAAGCAGCAGGAGAAAUUUUCUGACCCACCUGGCCAGGUCAAAGGGUUUCUGUGUACAUGACAUUCUCAGUAGUGAGGUGACUCACAUAGUGGCAGAAGGGAACCCGGCGGAGGAGCUGUGGUCAUGGUUAGAGGAGCACCAUCUGAGAGACAUGUGCAACCUGCAUGUGCUGGACAUCCGCUGGUUUACUGAAAGCAUGCAGGCUGGUAGACCUGUCGCCGUUGAGACCCGACAUUACAUACAAAAGCCUUCCUCCAAGCUUAAGACGGCUCUGCCAGCAACUUCAAAGCCAACAGUGUCUCAGUACGCGUGCCAACGACGGACAACCCUUGACAACCAAAACAAGAUCUUCACUGAUGCAUUUGAGGUCCUGGCUGAGAGCAAUGAGUUCCUGGAUAGUAGGGGUCAGUGUUUGGCAUUUCGGCGUGCUGCGUCCGUGCUGAAGAGCCUGCAGUUCACACUGCGCAGCCUGGACGACAUUGAGGGACUUCCCUGUCUGGGAGAGCAGAUCAAAUCUGUCAUAGAGGAGAUAUUUGAGUUCAGAACAUGCUCCAAAGUGGAAGAAAUCCUACGUGAUGAGAAAUACCAAACUCUGAAGCUGUUUACCAGUGUGUUUGGAGUUGGACCCAAAACUGCUGAAAAGUGGUACCGCAAAGGGCUUCGUACCCUGAAGGCUGUUUUGGCAGAACCUGACAUCCAUUUAAACAAAAUGCAGGAAGCAGGAUUCCUGUAUUAUGAGGACAUUUCAAAAUCAGUCUCCAAGGCAGAUGCCCAGGCAGUGGAGACCUUGAUAAAAGACACAAUUAGCUACUACAGCUCAGAUACCAAGUUAUUUCUCACUGGAGGCUUUCGCAGAGGAAAAGAACAUGGGCAUGACGUCGACUUUAUCCUGACCACGCCCGAGAUCGGGAAAGAGCAGGCGCUGUUGCUAUUUCUGAUUGACAAAUUUAAAAACCUGGGCAUUCUGCUGUACUCGGAUUUCCAGGAGUCGACCUUUGACAUUCAGAAGCUGCCCAGCUGCAAGUUUGAGGCCAUGGACCAUUUUCCAAAGUGCUUUCUGAUCCUGAAGCUGAAGACAGGUGAACAGACAGCAGGAGUUCAACAAAAUCAGAAUGACAGCAGAGACUGGAAGGCUAUCCGUGUGGACCUGGUGGCGCCCCCUGCUGACCGUUAUGCAUUUGCCAUGCUGGGCUGGACUGGCUCCACGCAAUUUGAACGUGAUCUGAGACGAUACGCUCGGAAAGAGAGACGGAUGCUGCUGGACAACCAUGCGCUUUACGACAAAACAAAGCACGCCUUCUUGGAAGCCCAAACUGAGGAAGAAAUCUUUGACCUCCUGGGUCUGGAAUACAUUGAGCCUUGGCAGCGCAAUGCUUAG